CCCCAAUCUCUCUUUCGCUCUCUGCCGCUCUUCUUGCCAGCCAAUUCCAUCCGUCCUCCAUCCUAACAGCAGUCCUCUGGAAAAAUGUCCGUCUCUUGCAGUCUGGCAGCGCGAUGCUGCGCUCGCGCCGCUCGUUUCUCUGCCGCUCCUCUCCGUCCGGCAGCCUCGACUUUCCUCGUCCAGACCCAGCGACCCGCUGCUGCGCGGAGAUGGCAGUCGACCGAAUCUGCUGCCCCCGUGGACCCUAAGAUUGCCGGCAUUGUCGACCAGAUUAGCCAAUUGACCCUCUUGGAGACUGCAGACCUUGUUUCGACGCUCAAGACAAAACUUAACAUCCCCGACCUUCCCGUUGGCGGAUUCGCUGCUGCUGCGCCUGCCGCCCCUGCUGCGCCUGUCGAAGAAGAGGAGGCUGCUCCUGCCGCUCAGGAGAAGACCCUUUUCACGUUGAAGCUUCAGUCCAUUGAAGCCGGUUCCAAGCCUAAGAUUAUCAAGGAGAUCAAGAGCAUGCUCGGCCUCAGCUUGGUUGACAGCAAGAAGUUCGUUGAGAGCGCACCAAAGGUCAUGAAGGAGGGCGUCCCCAAGGAGGACGGUGAGAAGAUUGUCGAGACGCUCAAGGGUCUGGGUGCCGUCGUUGUCAUGGAGUAAGGUGGUGGAAGAUGACUUGUUUUGCAAUUCUACAAAUAAUCUGCCAAUACGAGGCAGGAAAAGGCUGUACUUUUAGGGACUCAAGCGCGGACCAGCGGACAAAUAAAUUGUCUUUUUUUCCGUUGAAGCUGUACCAUUUUUUCGGGCAUAUAUACUUUUGUUUUUAUGGGAAAUCUUGUACAGAUAGAUUUUGCUUUGCAAUGGUCAAAAUCUAAUAGAGG